GGCCCACUAAAAAGGUCUUCGAGUCCCCAGGGUGUCAAGGACCGCACUUUGAGAACCGCCGGAUAUCCGCGCCUAAGAAACUGCAGUUCCCUCCCUGCUCAGUUAUAGACAUUCAAGGCGUGUUUAUUGUAAGUCUGACCGCCGAGCGCGCGGGAGAAGAUGCGUCAGGCAUCCAGCCACCCUGGGGUCUGCGGGAUGCUGGCUGGACCGCUCAGGAGCCGGCUUGCGGUUGCCUUAGCAACGAUCGCGGGAGAGCGCAGCGUGGCCAUCGACCAGUGAUGCCUGCGCGCUCUGCGCUCCACUGACGGGGCUGCCGCGGCCCGCGGGCGGACGGGAAGAUGGCGGCGGCGGCUGGUGGCCGGGCGGGGAAGGGGCGCGACAUCAGCCUGGCGGCUCUGCGGCGCCACGACCCCUACAUCAGCCACAUCGUGGACGUGGCCAGCCAGGUGGCCCUGUACACCUUCGGCCACCGGGCCAAUGAGUGGGAAAAGACUGAUGUGGAAGGAACCUUAUUUGUUUACACAAGGUCUGCCUCUCCCAAGCACGGCUUCACCAUCAUGAACAGACUGAGCAUGGAGAACAGGACGGAGCCCAUCACGAAAGACCUGGACUUCCUGCUCCAGGACCCCUUCCUCCUCUACAGGAACGCCAGAUGUGAGUCUGAUCGAGUGUUUGAGACUGUGUGACUCUCCUUGCUGUUAGUGUCAGGAAUGCUGGGGGGUCAGCCCUGGGAACUGGGAAACGCAUGCCUCAGUGGGGGACUCUAAGUGGAGAUGGUGUGGUGUGUUGAUGUGUGUUUGGACCUCGUCCUCCAGCAGCCAGGAGUCUGUGGUGUGACCUGGGCGAGGCCGGGGAGCAGUCCUCAGCCAGGAGGCUGCAGGGGGUAUUGCAGUACUGCUGCAGGACCUAUGUUGGUGACUAGGCUGAAGUGACUUCUGGCUGGGCCUCUGAUGACAUGAUGGAGGGAGGGACCUGUCUUCCAGAAGGACCAUCUUUUAUACAUAGUAAGUGAAAAAUCAAAGUCCAGAGGGUUUUGUUCAUUAAGAACUUCAUAGCACUUCGUAGAGUUGAGGUUUAUUAGGUAACUGAAUGGCCCUUAUCAGGUUUGAAAUGACAUAGCAGCCCAGCAGUCUGUCUCCGUUUCCCUCUUUCAUCUUAUCUGGCACUUAUGCUGGCCCGCUGGGCAGCCUACAAAAAAACGGAGGGAAAUGAGAGGCACUGCAGGAGCCCCUCCACACGGAGACUGCGUAGACGUGUGUGUGCACAGGUGCUGGGCUCCAUGAUGCCUCCCAAAAGACCUUGCAGGUAAGAAAUGGUUUCCACAUAUUUCCCAUCCUACUCCUUGAGCUCAGAAAUUUGCCUACUCUGCACAAUUUAGUGUCAUCGUAAUUAAAUGAAUGUAAUACAAGUAAUAUUUAAUGUUUCAACCCCACAAUUAUUUUGAAGUAAAUAUAGCACCAUUUUAACGCUACAUGUACUUAAAAGGAUCUUCACAUAUGACUAAGUUGUCCUAAUAGGUGGUCAUCCUAUUUGGAGAAUACAGUUAAAUUUUUAUGAGAAAAAAGUAUGAGAAAGCUGUUAAAACUAUAACAUGACUUUCUAAUGGUACGGCCUAUGAAGUGAAAAAUUUAGUAAUAUAGAGAAAUACUUAUUAGUUUUCCUGUUUCUUUGUUGGAAGAUAUAGUUUAGUCAAUUGUAGCUAGUAGUCAUUAGAAUUUUUAGUAUGCUUAUCGUUAUGUCAGUUGUAUUAUCUUUUUUGAGAUUAUUAGACUUUAUGUCAGAUUAAUAUAUAAUUUAAAUCCUAAUAAAAUAACCACAAAAAUAAAUAUAAAAUAAAUAUCAGUGGCUUAUGAUAAUUUUUGGUUGUUCCUAUUUUGGAUAAGAUAGUUGGUAUAGAUAAUAUUUCAAAUUCUUAUUACAAUAUUAUAUAUUAUGUACUAUAUCAAAAGUAUGAGAAUACGAACUCUCUUUGAUGUGGUUGAUUAAAAAAAUAACUUUACUAGGUCUCACAGGGUUUAUCUUGCUGGAUCUAGUAGCCCUGUGUUCAGCCUUACCUCAAUUUCAGCCUGUGCUGCCCGAUAUGGUCCCGCGGACUGACAGGGCUGUGGAGCACCUGGCCUCUGGCUGGUCUGAUUUGAGCUGUGCCAUGAGUGUUAAAUACACACUGAUUUUUCACAGAUUUAAUACCAAAAAAAAGAAUGUCAAAAAUCCCAAUAGUCUUAUAUUGAUUUACCUGUUGGCAUGGUAAUAUUUUGAAUAUAUUGAGGUAAAUAAAGUAUAUUAUCAAAAUUAAUUUCCCUGCUUCUUUUUGAUUUUUGACUUAAAACAACACUUGGGGUUCACAGUUGUGGUUCGCCGUAUGUUUCCAUUGGACGACACCGUUCCAGGCCUUUGGUGUGUUUUACCACAUUUCAUCCUCACAAGUUUGAAGGGUGGGCAUUCUCACUGCUGUUCUGCAGAUGAGAAAACUGAGUCUCGGUGUGGAGGCAACCCUGCCAGACCCACACGUUCUGAUUUCGCAUCCAUUGCUUUUCUUACACCGGCCACACCCUCUCUGCUGUUGAACAUGAAUGCAAACGGAAGGCAGCCUUUGGGGUGCAUAGUAAAAUGUUUCUAAUGUGUUUCCAUAAGAAAGAAAUGAACAGUUUAUUUUGCUUUCUUUUCUCCUUAAUGUCUGACGUGGCUUGACAGAUAUUGGCAGCCAUAGUCAUUUGGUUUUAGUUUAGUUUAUUUACAAAACUCUUUCAGCUUCUGACAUCAGAAGUUCUCCGAAAGUUUUACUCCAGGUGCUUUCACAUGUUUUAAAAUAAUUGUGAUACUUUAUGCAAUAAUUGCAUCUGGUCUAUAUAUUCUCUGAUGCUGUAGAAUAUAGAUUCAUUCAUCAUCCUUUGGACAGUGAACCCAGCUUCACUCAGGACUGGUUUUCUAUAGUGAUUCGAGAUCUGUAGAGCAAGGAUCUCUAUGUAGUCCUGACAUUUGUCAUGUACAUGUCACAUGUAUGUACAGUAUAUGUCACAGGCCAGAAAGAGACAUGUCAAGAGGCAGAGUUGAUGCAGGUUUGUGGUGAGUUUUUCAGAUUUACUGGGUUAAAAGGAUUUGAAACUAAGGAGAUAACCAUCCCUUUCUAGAAUUGGGUCUAUUUAGAAGAGCCUAAUAAAGAAGUGAAAAUCUUAAACUUUCUUCAUUUAAUUAAAAAAAAAAGAUGUUUAACAAAUAAGUAUAUUUGAAUUUUUGUCAAACACAAAAUGUAUGGUUUAUUACAGUAUGGUUUAUUAAAGGAUUUAUGAUGUUUAAACUUUGUUGUCAUAGAAUUUGACCUGUAUAAGCUUUAAAAGUAAAUAAGGUAGCUGUUAAAUUAGGACAGGAAGUUUAUUUAUUCAACAAACAUUUACUGAGCAUUUACUGUCUGCCAGGCACUAUGUCAAGGCUUUAUAGUGUUUAAUUCUCAUAACUUUUUCUUGGAAGUCCCCUUAUUCCUGUUUUAUAAAUGACGAAUCUGAGGUUAAAGGGAUUACGUAAUUUACCAAGUUCUGUGCCUAUUUUGAGAUAGAAAGAGCACUAGAACUGAGAAAGCCUAGCUUCAAAAGCUCAGGCCCAGGAGUUCCCAUGCUAGUACAGUGGUAACGAACUCAACUAGUUACCAUAAGGACUCAGGUUUGAUCUUUGGCCUCGCUCAGUGCAUUCAGGACCCAGUGUUGCCAUGAGCUGUGGUGUAAGUCACAGAUGGGGCUCAGAUCCCACGUUGCUAUGGCUGUGGCGUAGGCCAAUGGCUACAGCUCCAAUUUAACCCCUAGACUGAGAACUUCCAGGCCCAAGCAGUGGAAGCGCCAACGCAUGAGUGAUGGGUCUGAGUGAGGUUUACCUUUUAAGAAAUACUUGGUCUUGUAGUGUACACUCCAGAGUUAAAAAGUAAGUUUCUUUCUUUUUAAGUUGAGAAUCUCCUGUAUCGCAGUUAUUAGAAAGGAGAAUAUCAAAUAAAAACUAAUGUAACAAAAAGUGGAAUUUGACUGUUUCUUGUGUAUUCUUAUCCUCUGGUAACUUUACUGUGUGUGCCACUUUAAAACUAAGUUAGAUUUUGGUAUAUGGAAAUAUAUUUUAGAACUGUAUUUUGCCAAAUACAUCAUAUUUAAGAUAAGUUACAGAUAGCAAUGACAGGUAGAUUUCAGAGCUAGGCCAGCAUGUCAAAUAUAUUAUCAUCUGUGGUUACAGAAUUAAAUGAAAUUGUUUUGAGCAGCUUGAUUUCAUCACAGACAUAAGCUUGGAGCUUAGAAAAAAUCAGAAAAAACAAGAGUCAAGAUACUUAAGAUCAAAGGUGUUAUAGAAAAUUCCUCCUCAAUUUUAAAGUGAAUUUACCAUAUUGGGCAGUUUUGUAUUCAUAGAGAAAUACAGUUUAAAUCCUUUGCUGACAUUUGUAGGAUCUGGGAAAAAUGGAAAAUGAUACACUGAAUGAAAACAAUCAUCACAGACAGUCCUCAUCCUUCAAAUAGACCAUGUCCUAGAAGUGUCCUUUUGAAGUAAUUGGUUGGUAGACUUUUGGCUCAGCAUGGCAGAUUGAACACGCUUCUGAAGCUACUGAAAUGACAGUAAAGGAAUAAGAAAAGAUAUAAAUCGAAGAGGGUGGAGGGUGAAUUUCAUGAAAAAGAUGGAAUGUACAAGAACAGGAAGACCUGCUACCAUAGCGUCAUUGUUCACAGUCGUUAACUUUGCCGCCCUGCAGAAGAUUGUGUCUCUGCUCUGUGGAUGUCAGACUUGACUGCGUGAUUUGCUUUGGUCAGUGAAAUGGAGGUAGAAGUGUUUUGUGUCAUUUCUGAGCAGACACUUUAAGAACAAGCUCAUGAUUGGCCAUGACUCUUUCCUCCUGCCAUGGUCACUAGCAGUGUUUAGGCAGAGGAUGCUCUGUCAGCCUGGGUCCUGGAAUGAAGAUAUAGCACAGAGGUGACCCAUGAUGGACAUGUCAUGUAUAUGAGGAAUAAACCUUUGUCAUUGUAAGCCAUUGAGAUUUGUGGGUCAUUGUUACUGCAGCAUAAUUUGAGCUAUUGUGACAGAUACAUAAGCCAUCCACGAAAGGGGGGAUCCAAACACAGGGUGGAGGUAAAGGAAUUAUGAGAACAGUGGUAAAGAGGAGUUCCAUAACGACCCUGGUGAAACUAAGGGUGAGUUAGUCUAAAUUAAACCUAGAAAGAUCCAGGAAGCGUGUCCAAGAAGAAAUUUACAACUAAUAGUUUGAAUUUAUUGGGACAUUUACAGUUCCUUUUUAAGUGAGUUUGGUGAUGGUAUAGGAACAUUAAGAAUUGAGAGGGGAAAAGACCAACAAAAGUAAGCAACUCUUUAUUCCUGGGAAAACAAAAUAUUAUACAAGAAAGGGCAUAUAAUCAGUAGACUCUAUGGCUCUGCUGAUCAUAAUUAAAUGACAAACACUGAAUAUGAAAUGGUUAUACCCACACUGGAAGGAUGGAGAAGGUGUGUAUGUUUGUAUGUGAGAGUAUGCGUAUAUUGUCAAAGAACAAAAUUCUUCUCAAUGGAUUUUUUUUUAAAUCAAGAAGUAGUGUGUACAUGAUAUAUAGAAAAAGAGAUUUACAUACCAGAAGAAAAGUUGGAUGAGAAAUAAAAUGGAGAGCAGAAAUAACUUGUUAUGGAAAAAGGUUGCUUUGGGGGAGUAGUAAUUAGGAAUGUGAUGGCUAAAGAAGAGUUCUCCUGUUUGUAUUUGAUAUUUAAAAUUAUGUUUUAUUUGAUAAAAAUUUAAAUUAAAAAAUGUAAUUGGAUAUCAGACUAUAUUCAUAAAAGCAAUAUUUUAGUUGGUGGUUAGAUUUCUAAGUCAGCUAAGAAUAAGGCAUUAACAUAGUGAUGUAAUAUAAAAUAUGGCACAAGUAAGUAUAGCAUUAUUUUUGUGGGAAAAUUAAUUCAAAAGUAAAACUUGGAGUUCCCAUUGUGGCUCAGCGGAAACGAAUCUGACUGGUAUCCAUGAGGACGCAGGUUCGAUCCCUGGCCUUGCUCAGUGGGUUAAGGAUCCUGCGUUGCCCUGAGCUGUGGUGUAGGUUGCAAAUGUGGCUCAGAUCUGGCGUUGCUGUGGCUGUGGGCCAGCAGCUACAACUCCAGUUCUACCCCUGGCCUGGGACCUCCAUAUGCUGUGGGUGCAGCCCUAAAAAGACCAAAAAAAAAGUACAACUUGGGUAGACCCCAUAAGUAAAACCUUAGCAGCAAGGCAGAGGACUUCUAGUGCACAUUUACACUAACAGAUCGUUUGUGAGGCUGGGCCUUCCUGUGAAAUUCGUUUUAGCGUGUUGCAGCGGCUCUUGAGGUCUUCACAGCCCAUCACUGAGCCUCAGCUCUGCGUCGGUUCCACAACUCUUCUCCCUUCCAGGCCCACAUCCAUUCUAGCCCAGGCUUGUAUUACGUUUUACACGGGGUAGUUCAUAACUCCUAAGAACAAGAGAUUAAGCUUCCUGCACCGGCCCAAAUAGAGUAAGUUCACAUCUCUCUCCCACUGGUUACAACUAAAAGUUCUGGACAGGAUACAAACCAAACCCCAAGGAUUCUGAAAGUAAACAAUAACAGGCAUACUGGGGAGGGAGGUUGGAACUUGAAGAACAACCAGUAUGGUGGUGUGUUUCCUGAUUUAUUCUCUCCUUCUUUAUCUCCUGACUUUGACUCAAGAGCGGGCCAAGUUACGGGACUGGACAAAAACAACAAAAACCAAGAGAGACAUCUUUGUGAACCAAGGCCUGGAGAAUGGACUCCUGUGAGCUGCAGAGUGAAGAGAAUCACUCUGUUGUCCUUUUCUGGCCCCACCCUGAAGCCCCCUGCAAACCUUACUCCCACUGGGCACUGCUGCUGCUGGUGGUGGCACAGGCCCAGGAGGGCGCCGAGAAACAGCCUGUUCUGCCAGAGGAUCUGGAAACGAGAGCCCCUGUGGUCUCAAGAGUGUAUAGAAAAUCCCAGUUUAUAUAUUUGGUUUUUUUUAAUUUAUACUUCUUUGCUUCACCUGCAGACAGCCCAGGCUACGCGCACUGCCUGACAGUGUGAAACGCUAAGACUGAGGGAAACCCUGAUUGAGGCCAGAAGGCUGGGGGAGAAGGACCCCUGUGCACUGGAGAGAGAGCUGGGUGAGCAGAUGCCGAUUCUGUGCGUGAGCUAACACGAGUCCUCUCACCAUCACACACGUGUAGCCAAGGCUUUGAGAACUAGCCUGUGAUACAGACACCACCCAAGCUGCAGGCCAGCACCUAAGUGGUAUGUGCUUAGGGCAGACAUGGCUUUGAAAACGGAACUGACAUGGGGACUGCUGCCCAUGAAAGGCAGGGCUGAACUCCCUGUCUGAACUCGAACAAACUGAUUGCCUCAAACAAAACCAGCAUUUUCCGGAGGGCUUUAGGAUGACUCAGCCUCACGACGUAAACAGAAUGUCUAAGAAACAAGUAAGGAUUAUUCAUCAUACAAAGAACCCGGAAAAACCUGACCACCUCUCAAUGGGAAGAGUCAGCCGGCAGAUGGCCAUCUGUUGGAGCUGUAAGACAGUGGCUUUAAGACAGUUACUGUGCUUGGGGAGGCAAAACAGCCCACAGAAGUGAGUGGGACGAUGGAGGCUCUCAGCAGAGAGAUGGUAUAAAAAUCCAAAUGGAACAUAGGGAUUGAGUAAUACAGUGCUCAGUAAAUGGCUGUAAUAGCAGAGCAGGGAUAGCAAAGAAUCAUCAUGAAGAUACAACCAUACAUAGCAUCCAACCUGAAGAAUAGACAGGAAAAAGAUUUUUAAAAAGCAGCGCCUCAAGAGCCUGUGGGGCAAUAUCUAAAGGUCUGAAUUUGUCACUGGAGUCCCAUAAAAGAAAAAGGCUGGUGUAGAGAAAGUAUUGGAAUUAAUGGCUGAAAACUUUCCGAAUUUGGUGAGACCCAAAUAUAUGGAUUCAAGAAACUUAGUUAAGUCCCAAACAGGAUAAACCCAAAGAAAACCAUGCCCAUUAAACAUAAUGAAACUGCUGAAAAACAGACUUAGACAAAACAACAACAACCACAAAAACACCUUGAAAGCAGCCAGAAACGAUACAUUGCAUAUAGGAGAAUGACAUUCUGAAUGACCACAGAUUUCUCUUAAGAAACCUUGGAGUCUGGGAGACAGUGCUGAAAUAAAAGAGCUGUCAGCCUAGAAUUCUGUCCCCAAUGACGAUGUUCCUCAGGAAUGAAGGUAAAAAUAAAAACAUCCGCAGGUGAAGGAAGAUUUAAAGAACUUAGACCUGCUCUGAAAUAAAUGCUAAAAGAAGUUCUUCAGCCUGAAGGGAAGUGGUGUCAAGGGAAGAUUGGGACCAGAGAAUGGAGGAGGAGCAAUGGAAAUGAGAACUACGUGGUGUCCAUAUAUGGAAUUUGGUUUUAUGACAAGGAAGAAUGCCAAAGAAUUGCAGAGCUUAUGAAAAACCUAACUCAGUAUGAACAGUUGAAAGCCCACCACGGAACUGGGGCAGGAGCAGCAGCCAGAGCAGGAGGCCCCACGAUGACCCUCGGUUCAGGGGAGAGCAGGGAGGUGGACAUCCUACGAAUGCUCACCAAGGCCAGGGACGAGUACACAAAGUGUAAAACCUGUUCUGAGCCAAAGCAGAUCACCAGCUCAUCUGCCAUCUACAACAACCCCAAUCUCAUCAAGCCGAUCCCAGUGAAGCCCAGUGGAAACCGGCAGCAGCGCAUCCCCCAACCCAGCCAGACCUUAGACCCCGAACCUCAGCACCUGUCCUUGAUGGCUCUCUUUGGGAAGCAGGACAAAGCUGUGUGUCAGCAAACUGUGGGGCCUCCACAGACCCCUCACCAGCAGCUGCAGCAAGAGAAGGGGGUUCAGCAGGGCCAGCAGGGGGUCGUGCACUCCAUGUCCUAUGAGGACCCCCGGAGACACUCACCUCUUGUUGAGAAGCAGCUCUGCCCCGCCAUCCAGAAGCUUAUGGUCAGGAGUGCAGACCUGCACCCGCUGUCGGAGCUGCCAGAGAACCAGCCCUGCAGAGAUGGAGAAUCCUGCACUGGAGCCGCCCAGCCCGGGUCCCCCUGCAGCACACUUGGGGCCCCCAGGACGCAGAACCUGCUGGAAAAGCUCCAGAGCAGCCCCAGGACUGCAAGCAGGUGUGAUCCUGCUGCACCUGCACCCUCCAGCUCGGCCACCACCCCUGCAGCCCCAGCACCCCCCGUGCCUGGCAGUCAGGCAGUGGGCUCCAGCGAGGUGUCCCCGCGGGAGCUGCUGCGGAAGCUGCAGGGGGCACAGCAGGAACCGCCAGUGCCCAGCCGCCCUGCCUUGGCAGCGAAGUUUCCCUUGGCCACUUCCAGCGCCCGAGCUCCAAAUCCCUUGGAGUCCUGGAGGGACCAGAUCCCCUGCAACGAGAAGCAGGCUCCGCUCCUGCAGGUCCUUUUGCCCCAGCGCAUCCCAGCCGCGGUGGCCCCAUCUCUGCUCAUGUCCCCCAUGGUGUUCACACAGCCCCCCUGGGCCCCGCCACAGGAGAGGUUCAGCGGGCUCCUGCCCCCAGGGAGCCAGGACCCAGUGGCCACCCCCAGCGGCCUCCUCCUGCCUCUGCAGACCCCGGAGCCUCCUGGGACCCCCAGCAGCCCCCUGACCAAGCUACAGCUCCAGGAAGCUCUGCUGCAUCUCAUCCAGAAUGACGACAGCUUCUUAAAUAUAAUCUACGAAGCUUAUCUCUUCAGCAUGACACAAGCGGCCAUGAAAAAGACUCUGUGAAAGCAAAACAUUUUAAAGCUGAUUUUCAAAGUCCUCCAGCUGCAGGUUCUCUCAUAUCCAUGUUGUUACCCUAAAUGUUUCUGGUUUUUUUUUUUUUAAAGAAAAGUAUGUAUUAUAUGAAGUAAAAUGUUUCAGAUUUUU